UUUAUGCCUUGUUGCGUUGUGUUGCGCUUGUGUUGUGAAAUCUGUAACAUAAAAAUGCAUUUUUUGCAACUUUCCAGUUACAUGUUCGAGUCUUACUAAUUUUAAGUGAAACAGGUUGUAGUUGGUCACUUUUAUGGGUUAUUUAAAAUCCGCUUUUUGCAUAAAAUCAUAUUGAUGUACCAGUAACAACAGCAUCUGACUUCGCGGCCGUAAGCAAUCGUCUGCAAUACUUUCUCUCCGAUGCGUUGAGAGUGGGUUGUUACUUAACACGGUUGUGUAAAGGGGACAAGCCUUCGAAUCACUAAUGAUAAUUCACAAACAGUGCCCGCUAAGAAUUCUUUAAGUGUAAGUGUGAUGUGCAUGAGUUUGUCGUAAUGGUGGAACGCGAAGGUAUGCGCCGUGGCGGAGGAGGAUGUGGUUGGGGAAGCGGGGUCUUCGGGAGAUGGUCUCUGCGACGAUUGCUUUUAGACAGCCCUUUAGUUGGCCGUAGACUUGCUCGUUCAGUUUUAGAUCAAGCAGACGGCAGGUCCGUGAAACUGAGUGGUGUUGACACACAAGCGAAGCCGGCUGCUGUGUAUAUAGAGGACGAGGAGGGUGACGUUCUAGACUGCCCGCUAUGUCUCUCCACGUUCAACGCCUCCACCAUGGUGAGACUCGCCUGGUGCUCACACCGCUGCUGCGAGUCAUGCCUACGCCAGUACUUAGCUAUAGAAAUCUUCGAGGCCAGAGUUCCGGUUAACUGCCCCGUCUGUCACGAGAGCAUGCAUCCGUCUGACGUGAGACGGAUAGUGGACAAUCAAGUCCUGUAUGACAAAUAUGAAGAGUUCUCUGUACGGAGAGCCCUUGCAGCUGACCCAGAUACCCGGUGGUGUCCAGCACCUGACUGCAGUUUCGCAGUGGUGGCUACCGGGUGUGCGUCGUGCCCCAAACUGACCUGCCUGGCUCCAGGUUGCGGCGCGUCCUUCUGUUACCACUGUAAGGCGGCGUGGCACCCCACGCAGACCUGUGACGCGGCGCGCAGAAGUCGUCAGCCACCCCCACGGGCGCCGCAGCCUUCGCACAACGAAAUGGAGCAUGGGGAAGUGAAACCAUGCCCCCGAUGUUCAGUGCUUAUAGUGAAAGUGGAGGAUGGCUCAUGUAAUCAUAUGGUGUGUUGUGUUUGCGGCGCCGAAUUCUGUUGGCUCUGUAUGAAGGAGGUCUCAGACUUACACUACCUUAGUCCUAGCGGUUGUACAUUCUGGGGCAAAAAGCCAUGGUCACGAAAAAAGAAGCUUCUUUGGCAACUUGGUACAUUAGCCGGCGCUCCACUAGGGAUAGCCGUGGUAGCAGGAGUGGCACUACCAGCGCUAUUAGUGGGACUACCACUUUGGGCGGGUAGACGCGCGCAUCGACGCCUGCGCAGAGCUAAACCGGCAAGGCGUAGAGCUGCUGUCGCCGCUGCCGUUGCUGCUGCGCUAAUAGUAUCACCAUUGGUGGCCGGAUUGGCAGUUGGUAUUGGAGUGCCAAUUCUCCUUUUCUACGUAUACGGCGUUGUCCCAGUGUCCUUAUGUCGGGCUGGAGGAUGUACCGCAGCUCCGUCCCACGCUGAAGAUGAAAGAGAACACGCCCUAGAUAUAGAUGCGUAUUCACGUCGGCUUGAACCAAGCAUAGGCGACGCAUCCCUCUCGGCCGGAUCCCAGCACGCAGAAGUCCGCGCGCCUUCACUGGCCGGACUGGCUGGCUCCCUCGCCUCUCACGACACGCACUCGCCAGCAGCUCAUCGCCUCGAAGUCACCGCCGAUAUCGCAGCAUCAGACAACACCAGCGCAGCCAGCUGGCCCGACGACCUUCCGUCGACCUCCACGCGAUCGGCGGCGAGGCUCAGAAGCCUCUUCCUCUACGGCUCCGCAGUUCCACCGCAGGACGUCGAAGCCGGAACUUCGCAACCAGUGAAACUAGAAAUGACACACUGCGAAAACGUCCCGGACUCGUAACGAAUAGCGUGAGCCGUUGGCUUUUAACUAGGACGGUUAAAUUGAUGACUUGGUAAGGAAUUAAAGUCGGAUCCUUGUGAUUUUUGGAUCGGGUUAGGUGAUCUCGAAGUCUGGUCUUGGCUGGUAGACAUAGCUUCCGCUAAUCCAAGGGUUUUUUGGAAAUCUUUUCGAUUUCGAUCGCAACAGAUAGCUUUUACUGGUUGUAAUGAGACAGUGAUCCUAGGUAAUUGAUAAUACUCGAAUUAGUUCGAAGUUGAGGAAUUGAUAACGCCUAAAGGUAAUCCGAAGGAUAAGACUGAUGUGUUAUUUUGAAUGUUUGAUUCUCAGCCAGAAAAUCAGAAUAUGCGAUGAUUUUUGCCAGAUUUUUCAUACACAAUUCGGAAUUUUUAUGUAUUUUCAAAUACACUAUAAAAAAUCUUCAAUGGUUGUAUGUGCCCGUGUUUAAUAAAUAAAUCUAUGUAUAUAAAGUACGGGUCUAGGGUGAUAAAAGCCGGUUUAAAAUGUAUGUAUGUCUGUUUCUCGUAGCUAAUAUAAAUAAGACAAUAAUAAAUGAUAUAAAUCAAAACAGCUGCUACAAACUUUUCAAGUGUAUGAUUCUUCCCUAAAUUAAAUUUCGACUAUUUCUGAGAUUUAUAUGGGCUGAACAUAAGGAAAAUUGUUUUAUUUUUAGAAUAAUUACCGUCCUGAAAUUGAUACAACAUCGAUUAUAUACUGUAAUGUAUCCUUAACUCAUACGAAUUAGGGUCAUAUUUGAUUGUACUAUCGGAAGAUCGAAGUUUUGUUAUAAUAUUUACAUAAAGACAAUGUAUUAUAUGUAAUUAAUGGUAAAUAUAAGAACCUUUCUGUGGAUCCCGAAAUGCGUCAAAAUAUCGUAUUCAUAUCACGUGUAAAUAGAACAGUGCUUUUGAUCUUAUAUGUACUAUGUGAAAUUAUUUUAAAGCUACUUUCUUUUUCACUAACGAGAUAAAUAAUACGACUGAAAAAUUUUAUUUUUUUAUUUAGCCAACAAUUCGUAUUCUCCAAAUCAAAAAUAUAUUAAAAAAUAAUUUUAUAAAUUGCAAUAACAACUAUCUAUUGAAAGAAGCUGAAGCAAAUCACAUGACGAGAUAUUUGGUUUAAAAAAUACGGGUUCAUGUAUUUCUUUGGACAGAAAUCAUCUUUACGGCGUCAACCGCACUCCGUGGUAAAAAGAUGGCGGCCAAUGAUAGCUGCUUCGCGCUUUUAGUGCAGUACUAUCUGAUAUUUGUGAUACUUUGAAUAAUUACUUAUAAAUGAUCUAAAUUAUUUAAUUUUUCACGUUUGUAGAUUACAGUUAAGCGAUAUUAUGUUAUGCCAAGUGUAAAAUACGAUUAAAGUGUAAUGAAAUAUA